CAAAGCCCGAUAGUUAUACCAGCAAGAUGGCCUCCCCGCUAAAGAACGUGGUAAUCGUUGGAGCCGGAGGUAACCUCGGCUCUCAUGUCCUAAAAGCCUUCCUCUCAUCCAAAGCCUUCAACAUCACCGCACUCACUAGAGAGUCAUCUACCAGCACCUUCCCCGACGGCCUUCAAGUCAUCAAAUCAGACUACAGCCACUACUCGCUCGUCUCUGCGUUCAAGGGCCAAGAUGCUGUGAUCAGUAUCGUAGGCAAUGCAGGUCUUUCAUUCCAGCAGAAACUCAUCGACGCUGCCGUCGAUGCAGGAGUGAAACGAUUUAUCCCCAGUGAAUUCGGCAACAACACCGCCGACGACCGCGUCCGGGCUCUCGCACCGCUUCUCGAUGGCAAGAAAGCCAACGUCGAUUAUCUCAAGGAGAGACAGGAUCGGCUAACUUGGACUGCGCUCAUCACGGGACCCUUUUUCGAUGCGGGUGUCAAAAACGGCUUUCUAGGCUUCAACCUCCAAUCCCACGAAGCAACCAUCUACGACGACGGCACCAACCCGGCCUCCGUGACCACCCUCGCUCAAAUCGGCCGUGCUCUCGUUGCUGUUUUGCAGAACCCGGAGGUUACCCAGAACCAAUACGUCUACGUCGAGUCAUUCACCAUCACUCAGAAGCAGAUUCUCGGUGCUCUGGAAAAAGCCACCGGCAAGGACUGGAAGGUCACUGAUGUUGCCCUGAAGCCGGUUAUCGAAGAAAGUACCCAGCAGCUCAAGGGUGGGGACUUUACUGCCGUGAGAGUUUUACUCUUGGCGGCUGGGUUGGCGAGAUUCCCGGAUGGGCCGUAUGGAGACUGGUCACGGGUGCCCGGGGGAUCGUGGAAUGAGAGAUUGGGGCUUGAGAAGGAGAAUUUCGAUGAGGUUGUGGGGUCGCUUGUCAAUUAG